AUGAAAAAUCAAUUGAUCCUUUUUUGGCGAUGUAUAUUUGGUCCAAAACUUUAUCAAACUUAUCCAGCUUUACCUCCACCACCCGUUCGAAACGAUCAACAACCAGCUCAUAUUUAUGAAAAAAAUACUGCAGAAAGUCUUAGUGAUAGUGUUUUUUUUGCUCUUAAACUAUCAAUUGGAUUACUUAAAGUAACAUGGCCAUUAUGUUUAAUUUAUUUCUAUCGCAGAGGUUUAUUAACCUAUGAUAAUGGCUUAGUAACAUUACGACUUACUGGUUGUAUUGUUAUAAUAUCAGCAUAUUUUAUGUUAUUACGUGGUGUCGGUCGUUAUGUUAAUCCAAAUUAUAAAGUUUUUAUUGAUGAAUUUUUUAAAGUGAAACACAAUUCAACACCAGAAACUCGACAAAAUCUUUUAGCAAAAUUUGAUUUUUCUCUGUCACAUUGGAAACCUGAUUAUGUCAUAGAAACAUCAGCUAUUCGUCGAUUACCUAUGAUAUCAACAACAAAAGAUGAUUUAAUUAAUCGUACAGAACCAACAUUACUUGAUCGUCUUUUUCAUUAUCCAUCACUUUUUCUUGGUUAUAUUUGUGUUAAUGUAUUCGGUCGACGUUUAAUGUUUCCUGGUAGUUUACAAUUACUUCGACAAAUGAUGGAACGUCCUCUACUCGAUGGACGUACAAAUUUAAUUGUACAACAUCGUGCUAAACGAUAUUUUUUACAUACAGCUGAUGGAAAUAAUAUUGAUACAAUAUUUAUUGAUCGACGACAAUCAAAUAAUACAUAUAAUGGUAAAACAUUAGUUAUUACUUGUGAAGGAAAUGCUGGAUUUUAUGAAAUGGGUUGUAUGUCAACGCCAGUUGAAGCUGGAUACUCUGUACUUGGAUGGAAUCGACCAGGAUUUGGAGAAAGUUCGGGUUAUCCUGGAACACUUUCAGAAAUUAAUUCUAUUGAUGCAGUAAUGCGUUAUGCAAUUGAUGAACUUCAUUUUCUUAUUGAUGAUAUUGUUGUAUUUGCAUGGUCUAUAGGUGGUUAUUCAGCAUGUUGGACAGCUGUUAAUUAUCAAGAUAUUCGUGGUCUUGUCUUAGAUGCUGUAUUUGAUGAUGUUCUACCAUUAGCACAAAGACAAAUGCCAUCAUUUGCAUCGAAAUUUGUUGAAAAAACUAUACGUUAUUAUCUUGAUUUAAAUAAUAUUCAAUUACUUAAAUUAUAUAAUGGACCAUUCUAUUUAAUACGUCGUACACAAGAUGAAAUUAUAAGUCUUAUACCUGGUCGAGUAGAAACAAAUCGUGGUAAUGAACUUUUAUUUCAUGUUCUUCAUUAUCGUUAUCCAUUUAUUUAUAAUGACGAUCAAACAUUAACACUUUUAAGACGAUAUAUUUGUUCAAGUCAUACGCAAAGAAUUGCUUUAUUUGAUCAAUAUUGUUUAAAUCAAACUGAAUUACAAACACAAACAAGAGAAUAUCGUAUGGAAAAUCCAACUCCAUCAUAUCCUUGCAAAUUUGGUGAAAAUUUUUCAUUACUCGAACGACAACGUUUUGCAAUUUAUUUAAUCGAUCAAUACUUAGUUAAUUUUGAUUCUCAACAUUGUACACCUUUACCACAAACUUAUUUUCAUAUUCCUAAUCGAUGUGUUUGA